UCGAAACCUACGGGACAUCGUUUAUUAGCCGCUCUGCCAGUCACAACUCGGCUGCCUCAAACCCUAGUUUCAUUCUCUCAUUCGACAGGCGGCGGUGGAGGAGCGGCAGCAGCAGGUGGAGCCAUGGGUAUUGAUUUAGUUGCCGGAGGUAAGAGCAAGAAGACCAAGCGCACUGCCCCUAAAUCCAAUGAUAUUUACCUGAAACUUCUCGUCAAGUUGUACCGAUUUCUGGUGAGGAGAACUGGAAGCAGGUUCAAUGCCGUGGUACUUAAGAGGUUGUUCAUGAGCAGGGUGAACAGGCCACCAAUCUCCCUCUCACGUCUGAUUGCUCUCACGAAGGGGAAGGAGGACAAAAUUGCAGUGAUAGUUGGUUCCAUCACUGAUGAUGUCCGGGUUCAUGAAGUUCCUGCUCUUAAGGUCACUGCUCUAAGAUUCACUGAGACUGCAAGGGCAAGGAUUGAGAAGGCUGGUGGGGAGUGCUUGACUUUUGACCAGCUUGCUCUUAGGGCUCCUCUUGGGCAGAAUACGGUACUCCUGAGAGGUUCAAGGAAUGCCCGAGAAGCUGUCAAACACUUCGGUCCUGCACCUGGUGUCCCACAUAGCCACACCAAACCCUACGUCCGAUCCAAAGGAAGGAAGUUUGAGCGUGCUAGGGGCCGUAGAAACAGCAAGGGUUUUAGAGUGUGAGCUAUUCAUUAAUAGUUUUCGAGUUUGCAUUCAGAAUUGUCUGUUGGAUUUUGCCAAGUAAUGGGAUCUGUCUCCCGGGAUUUAUUUCUUGAAUUAUAUAUUUGUUUCUGAAGGUAUUUAAUAUAUAUGCUUGCUUUUUAUUGGCUAAA